AUGUCCAUCGCACCUUGGAUCUGCUCGUCAUGUCUGCGACGGCUCGCAAGACCUAUCGGCAGCCGAGUGCGUCUUCAGCUGCGCGCACGAAGUACAGGUUUGUGCUCUUCGUGGGACAAAUUCCAAAGGCCUUGGGACACUGACCUUUCGAAGCAACUGCGAUUGACGGUAUAUCACCUGCCCUGCUUUCUCGAGCCCGCCUCAUCGCCUCUGAGCACGCGACAAUAACGCAGCAGCUGGCCAAGGAUUAUGAUGCGAAAGCUGCAAAACGAUUAGGCGAGAUCUCCCGAACCGCGACUGCUGUUGAGGAAUAUGAACAGGCACAAUCCGCCUUGACGGAGCUACAGACUCUGCUCAAGUCUUCUGAUCGAGAAUUGAAAGAGUUGGCCGAAGAGGAUAUUGAGCCGACGUACAAGAGGAUCGACCAAGCACAAGAGUCGCUGAAGACGAGUCUAAUACCUGUACAUCCGUUUGCGCAUCUACCCUGCUUGAUAGAAAUUAGGCCUGGAGCAGGAGGGGAUGAAGCUGGACUGUUUGCAGGAGAUCUCUUGCGGAUGUAUGAGGCGUACUGCAUGCGAACCGGGCUAAGAACGACGCUGUUGAAGUUGGAAACAUCUGACUACAGCGCUGUGAACUCAAGCGCCGGCAGCUCGAAUCAUGUACAGGAGGCCAUUCUCGAGGUUGACUCGCCUGGAGCCUAUGGUAUGCUGAGAUGCGAGGCAGGCGUACAUCGCGUGCAGCGAGUCCCAGCUACCGAGAGCAAAGGGCGCACUCACACUUCUGCAGUGAGCAUAUUGGUCCUGCCCUCAAUCCCGGAUGAAGGAGGUGGAGACAUGGGAGAGAGCAGCUUCAAUGAUCCAAAGAGCGACUAUUACGUGGACCCAAAAGAAGUGAAACUAGAAGUUAUGCGUGCUGGAGGGGCAGGAGGACAACAUGUUAACAAGACCGAGUCAGCAGUUCGGUUGACCCACGAGCCCACAGGCACCGUCGUAGCUAUUCAAGAUUCGAGAUCACAGAUAAAGAAUCGAGAUAAGGCAUGGAAGCUGCUUCGUUCGCGAAUCGCGCAGAUACGGCGCGAGGAGAGAGAACAAGAGCUGGUGAGGCUGAGACGAGGUGCGGGUGCUGGUAAAGUGGGAAGAGAAAACAAAGUCCGGACCUAUAACUGGGGACAGCAGCGCGUGAGCGACCAUCGGAGUGGUCUCGACCUACGUAACCUGGGCGAGGUGAUGGAAGGAGGUGUUGCGCUGGAGACCGUCAUGGAAAGCGUCCGAAGCUGGAUGUCCGACCAGGAGGUGCUUGGUCUUGUUGCGGAAGAGGAACAGAAGGCCCAAGCAAAAUGA